CUAUUUGUGCUAUUGCGCAUGUCAGUCCGUCUUUCAGAUAUAAACAGGAAUUUCAUGAUCAGAGAAGUCCCAGCUAGCUAGAUAAGAGAGUAAAACGUUGAACUCGGUGUGAUUAUGGGGAAGGCAUUGUCCCACUUGCCUAAACAGGCAUGCCAUGAUGAGUGCCAUGCUAGUCUGGCCUCCUCCCCAGAGUACAAUGCCAUGCAGAGUGAGGAUAAUAAGAAUGGUGGUGAUGUGUCACAGUUUCCUUAUGUGGAGUUCACUGGUAGGGACAGUGUCACCUGCCCAACAUGCCAAGGCACUGGGCGGAUCCCAAGAGGUCAAGAAAAUCAGCUGGUGGCUUUAAUUCCAUACAGUGAUCAGAGAUUGAGGCCAAGAAGAACGAAGUUAUAUGUGACAGCUUCAGUCAUCGUGUGCCUGCUGCUCUCAGGGUUGGCAGUGUUCUUCCUCUUCCCUCGUUCCAUUGAUGUUACCUAUGUGGGGGUGAAGUCUGUCUAUGUUAGCUAUGAUCGGCCCAAACACAUUGUGUAUCUUAAUAUAACUAACACACUGAAUAUUACUAACAAUAACUACUACUCAGUGGAUGUUGCCAACAUCACAGCACAGGUGCAAUUCUCUAAGACUGUGAUUGGAAAAACACGUGUCAACAAUAUUACUACCAUUGGCCCCCUGGACAUGAAGCAGAUUGAUUACAUGGUGCCCACUACUAUAGCAGAUGAAAUGAGUUAUAUGUAGGUGACGGUUACCACGGUGUAUUUUGGCCAUGCUGAGCAGGUGUCUCAGGAGAUAUACCAGUAUGUAGACUGUGGGGGCAACACUACCUUGCUGCAUGAGUACAACCUAAGAACUCCUGGCUCAGACUAGAGCCUGAGUGAGUACUGCAAUGCUUUUAUUAUUUUUGCCUCCAGUUACUGUAGCCUAGCCUUGUUUUCAGCCAGAUUCAAGAGCCCACCACGUUCAUCAAUCAGGGUGUUUUCAGAUCUUAACAGAUGCACUUUAUUUUGAGCUGUCCAAGAGUCUUGAACCCUUCAAUGCAUUACUGCUUGUUGUAGUAGUACAACUAAGCAACUCCAAACAACCACUCACAGCUAUAUGGGUAUAGAUAAGUCCCUUUGGACAAAAUACUAAAGCCUAUACUUAAUGUCAGAUGAUGUUUAUUUGAGGUUCCCUGUAAAAAUGCUUGAAUGUAGGUCACAAGUUUUUGUUAUUCUUCUUUGUCUGUGCAUGGCAGGGUAGACUGAUGCUAUAGGUCAUAUGAGUUUUGGCUCUUUUUCUUUAUAAAAUGUCACUUGCAGCAUAUAUUUUAAUGUAAUGUCUAACUUUAUUUAUUAGAAUAAUGGUUUAUGUUAUGUUAGUUCCUCAUCCCAAGGAGUUGGUGCAGUCUCAAUGUCUGCAUUACAUGACAAUAUCCUCUAGAGGGUGAUGGUGUGCACUUUGGGAAAGAUUGUUCUCAGCUUCUUUGUACACUGUAUUACCAAUUUUGUUAUUUUAGUUUAUGAAUCGUCAAAAAUAGGUUAAAAAUGUUAUUAAAUUGUACAUGAUUAAAGUCAGGGAUCAAGAUAAUUUGGGAUUGGCUGAAUUAAAUUAACAGAAAUAUGGGUGGUUUUCUUGUCAGUAUUUCAAAUCAAACAUUUCAAAGUGAUGCUUCAGAUGCAUUAAAGUACAUACUUUCUGUGCUUUUCAUUACUUAUACAAACCAGUGUUAUUUUCCCAGAAGAGAACUUUGAUAAUAUCAAUUUAAUAAGGCAUUUUUAACAUUGUUUCUACAUUAUAUGCAGAUAGUGUGCUUGAAGGACUCUACUCCUUGGUGGGGGGAAAUACUCAUACACUAAUACUCAUACACUAAUACUGACUUGAAUCGACACUGAAACAUUGUGUAUAUGUUUUAUUGGACAUGGCUUUAGUUUUGUUGACCUAAAUAUUCACAUUGAUUUCCUUUUGUUUAGACCCACUGAAUAUUCAUUUCAAGUUUGGAUAAAGAAUGUGUUUGCCUUUUAAUGUUGUUUUGAAUAUGUAUGUUAUGAAUUUGUGUUAUUUUCCAUUAGCUAAUAAGAUGAUUUAUGAGGUAGUGUGGCAUUAUAUUUAACAACUGUUUGACAAUAUAUGUAAAUACAUCAGUUUUUACAAGAUUGUAAUCAUUGCUGUAUGUCUGAUGCUGUAUUUUAGCUUAGUUUUCAGAGUGCUAAUAAAACAUAUUUCUAGAUCAGGAAAGUAGACUUGUGUAAGCAAACACACAUGCCCACAGUUUUGCUAUGUGAUCAUCUGAAACCUAUAUUUUCUUUGCAUGAAUAAAGGUCUAAAUCAUGUCA